CUAUGAGUCUAAUCUGUCGCACAACACUUGUCUAGUGCGGUUCAUACCUAUGAGUAAUUUGCUUUUUUAACUUCAAAAAAUUAUUAUUUUCAUGGCCGAGUCAUUGAUUUUUGAAGCAUAAUUAGUAAAGUUAGAUAUAUCAAAAACCCUACUAGUAUUACUUUCCCUUCUCAAAUUCUUCAUCAUCUUCUUCCCUUAAACCCUAGCAAAUCCCCCCCAAAACUCAAAAAUGUCAGCUGUAGCUCGAUCAACAUCGCGCAUUUUCUCGAUAAUUUCAAAGAGAAAUCGGCGAUUUUCAUCAAUUGUAACUACUGAACCACCAAAGGAACCGAUAAUUUCAUCAUCUUCACUUCUCAAAGAUCAACCUCCGCCAGCUCAAAAUACUCCUCCGGAAGGUUCUGGAGCUGAGAAGAAACCGUGGAGCUUUCUUAAGUAUAGUGUUAUUGCUGCUGUUACUGGUGGUGUUGCUACCGCUGGUUAUGCUACUUACGCAUACACAACGGAUGAAAUUGAGGAUAAGACCAAGAGUUUGCGCGAAUCUGCGAAAUAUGCUGUUGGAGAUGAUGCAUCUGCUUUGGAUAAAUUUCAAGCUUUAGUGUACUCCUCGGCUAUGACAGUGCCUGCCAAGUUAGUUGAGUUUUACAUUGAGCUACGGCGGUUGACAGAAGAUCAAGUUAAAGGUUUUAGGGAACCAACAUCAGAUAAGCUCCUGCCAGAUUUGCACCCACUUGAGCAGCAUGUCUUUACACUUGUUCUUGAUCUUAGUGAGACAUUGAUAUACUCUGAUUGGAAGCGUGACAGAGGCUGGAGAACAUUCAAAAGACCUGGGGUUGAUGCUUUUUUGGAACAUUUGGCUCAAUAUUUUGAGAUUGUUGUAUACUCUGAUCAACUAAACAUGUAUGUUGAUCCUGUUAUCGAAAGAUUGGAUCCAAAGCACUGCAUCCGGUUUAGGCUAUCAAGAGGUGACACUAGAUAUAUUGAUGGCAAGCAUUACAGAGAUCUAUCGAAGCUGAAUCGGGAUCCCUCAAGGAUUAUAUAUCUGAGUGGACAUGCACUAGAAAGUAGCCUACAGCCAGAAAAUUGUGUAGAAAUAAAACCAUGGAAAGGGGAGGCGGACGAUACUGUGCUUUUGGAUCUUAUUCCAUUUCUUGAAUAUGUUGCUAAACACAGGCCAGCUGAUAUCCGCACUGUAUUAGCUUCAUACCAAGGACGUGAUAUUGCUAAAGAGUUCAUUGAGCGAUCCAAAGAGCACCAAAGGCGUGUGCAAGAGCAAAAACAACAUGGUCGAUUAUGGCGCCGCUAGAGAUUAUUCCUUUGUAAGAUUUAACAACAGUUGAUAGAUAUAGACAUAAAACUACAAUUCCAUUUUUGUGUAGUUUCAGCAAGUACAAAACAAGAAUAUUCAUUAAUAAAAAAUUCAAGAGAGGAUCUAUUAAAUCUGUCAAAA